AUGGUGCAUUACGAAGUGACUGUGUCUACCGAGGAUUGUCUUGGUGCCACAACUUUGAACAGCGUCUACAUUAAGCUGGUGGGCACUGAUGGAGAGAGCCAUCGCGAGGUGCUGACGGGCUUGGACGGGGUCUCAGCUAUCAUCUGCGGAACAGUUUCUACCUUUACUGUCUCCUGCCCUGCAUCCCUUGGAAACCUGGUUCUGAUAGAGUUAGACAAACAGCCUUCUCUAUUCAUGAUAGAAGACAAUUGGUUUCCUGCCAAGGUAGAAGUGAAGAGCCCUGAGGGAAACACCUACAAGUUCCCUGUCUACCGCUGGAUCAAUAAUGAUCAGACUCAUUACUUCCGAGAAGCCACAGCCAUGAAAGUGUUUGAAGACACUCAUCACCUUGCAGCUUAUAGUCGCCAGCAGGAGAUGAAGAAGAGAGAGACAGACUAUCGCUGGGCUGUUUAUACAGAGGGAAUCCCUCAUUGUGUUAAAGCAAAUGACCAUCUAUCUCUGCCGGCUGAGGUCCAGUUCUCCUUCACCAAGGAUGCAGAGUUUAAGUUCACAGCAGCCACAGGUCUGGCAGAGCUGAACCUUAAGGGAUAUGCUAAUUGCGACAAGAAGUGGCCAGAUUUGGAAUCUUUCCAUCGGGUGUUCUGGAGAAAAACUACAGUUCCUGAGUAUGUUGAGGAACACUGGAAGGAGGACGCUUUCUUUGGCUACCAGUUCCUGAACGGUGUCAACCCCAGACUGAUCCGACGCUGCUCUGCUCUGCCCAGUAACUUGUCUGUCACUGAUGACAUGGUCUUCCCUAGUGGUCAGUACAGCUUGGCAGAGGAAAUUAAGAAAGGCAACAUCUUCCUGUGUGACUACAAGAACCUGGAUGGAGUCAAAGCAAACACCAUCAAUGGGAAGCAGCAGUACCUGACUGCUCCUCUGGUCCUGCUCCACAGAACCCCUGAUGCUAAUAUGAUGCCACUUGCUAUACAGCUGAAGCAGACCCCAGCAGACGACAACCCAGUCUUUCUACCCUCUGAUUCUGAGUACGACUGGUUAACGGCCAAGAUCUUUGUGAGGAGUGCAGAUUUCACUGAGCAUCAGCUCAACACUCACCUGCUGCGAACCCACCUGCUGGCUGAAGUCUUUGCAGUGUCACUGCUGCGCAACCUGCCGAUGGUGCAUCCACUGUACAAGCUCCUCAUCCCUCACACUCGAUACACUCUGCAGAUCAACUACUUAGCUCGACUGUUCCUAAUAUCUGAGACUGGAAUUUUCACAAAGUUUUCAGCUUCUGGUGGUGAGGGAAUGACCACGAUCCUGAAGAGAUCUCUGUCCUCGAUGACCUACAGCUCCCUCUGUUUACCAGAGGACAUUGCUGAGCGAGGACUGGAGGCUGUGCCAAACUUUUACUACAAGGAUGAUGGACUCAGACUGUGGGAAAUCAUCCACAGGUUUGUUGAAGGGAUCAUUGGCCACUACUACAAGUGUGAUACCGAUGUUGAGAAAGACUCUGAGCUGCAGAAAUGGAUUGGGGAAAUCUUUGAACAUGGCUUCCUUUCCCAGUCAGACACAGGAAUUCCACAGAGUUUCUCCACCAUGACGGAGUUAACCAAGUUCAUCACCAUGGUGAUCUUCUCUGGCUCAUGCCAGCACGCAGCUGUGAACUCUGGACAGUACGACUAUGGUGGCUGGAUGCCCAACACUCCCAUCACUUUGCAACUUCCUCCACCUACUAGAAAAGGAACAACAAGUGAGGAAACGAUGCUGCAGAUGUUUCCUGAUGUCAACACAACAGUUCAGGGCAUGGCCACAAUGUGGCUGCUCAGCAAACAGUCCACUGACUUUGUUCCUUUUGGCCAGUACCCAGAAGAACACUUCAGUGAGCAGAUUCCCUGUCAGCUGGUAAAAGAUUUUCAAGCAGAGCUGAAAAAUUUAAGUUCUGACAUCAAAGCCAGAAACAGCCCCUUGAAACUCCCAUACCCGUACUUGGAUCCAGCAGAGCUAGAGAACAGUGUGGCUAUUUGAGUGUUGGGACAUCAGACCUUCAACAUGAACCAUACAUGACUGACAAGCUUUUAAAUCACAUCUGCUUGAAUCUUACGCAUGUAUGCACAUAUUAGAAAUAAAGAAACAGUAAUAAACAAUUAAUAAAAAAUGAUAUUAAUGAUAAUAAUGAUUUUUUCGUCCUUGUUGCUUUGGGCCUUAAACUUAAUGAGCAUGAAUCUUAAAGAAACAUUUUCGUGAUAGUCUGGUAAUGUGUCCUUGUCAUGUGUAAUGUGUCCCAUGUAAACAAAAUUUAUAGUAUACAGGAAAACAUUUCUCUCCCAAACCUGGUUUCCUGUGUUUCAUCAUGUGAUGGAGAUGUGUUGGAAUGUUUUCUAUGUUCUUUUAAGAAUAAAAUGUGGGGGUUUGUGGCUUGCAUGAUUACACUGUGAUUUUUGUAGACUUUACUGUGUGACUCUUACAC